AGCCACAGUGCUUGGAAUUCGUGGCUCGCGCGUUUCCGCCGACACUGUAGAGGUCUAAACGCCAGCCCCGCUCAGGUCUGUCAGCUCAUGAGGCUAAAAGGGUCUCUGAGCGUGCGCAAGCAACAUCGGUCGAGGCUCCAAGUACUCGAGCAGUUGAAGGCCACAGUCAAAUGUCAGCAGACGCAGAUGUCCGUCCUGUCUCGAAGGCAGAUGCAGCUUCGAGAAGAGGGCGAGGCAUUGCGCGAGUGCCUGGAGGCAUCGGGCGCACUGGCGCCGGUGCGCUUCCUGGCCAGCCUUCAUCGCCGCCGCUUCGCGGAGGUCAUCAAGCGCCACCCUGGACCCUGGCCGGGGAGCCUCGAUGCCGUGGUACAGAUCCGUGAAUUGGCCUUGGCCACUGCAGCUGGUGCUGGUGCUGCUAGCGUGGCGCCUUUGGCGGCUGCAUCCCGGGCGCUGCGCGGUGGGGUAGGCAGCAUGCUUUCGGAGUUCCCAGCUCUCUUCCCUUCGCAGGUCUACGCCAUUGGUGGUGCAGAUGCUGGCGAAACGCUGAGCUCGGUGGAAAAGUUUGACUCCAAGAGCUGUGUUUGGGAGUCCCUCUCCCCCAUGUUGGAGCCGCGGGAGAGCUGCGCUGCGGUUGCCGUCAACAGCAUGAUCUACGUGUUAGGUGGCAUCAACGGGGAAGCCCAGUGCCUCAACAGUGUGGAGGGCUUUUCACCCGUCACGGGCAUGUGGGAGGCCUUGCCACCCAUGCGGCAUGCACGCGCGGCCUCAGCAGCAGUGGCCUGCGCUGGGCAGGUGUACGUGAUCGGCGGACGGGAUGGCUUCCAGUCGCUGGACACUGUGGAGCGCUUUGAUCCGGCCUGUCGUCGCUGGCGAUUGCAGCCGUCACUUCGUGGUGCAAGGCUGGGGGCAGCAGCAGCCGUGUUAGGAGUGCGGAUCUACGUUGUGGGUGGGAAGGGCGGCGGCAGGGUGCUGGAUUCCGUAGAGCAACUCGAGCAUGAGGGGCCUUUCUGGGAUGUGGUGCCCUCGUUGCACGCACGGCGGUACCGGGCCGCUGCGGCGGCGGCCCACGGCCGCGUCUACGUGGCCGGGGGCUGCGACGGGUCCUGGCAGACGGGCCUGCGCUCUGUGGAGCGCUACGACCCGGAUACGCGGGCCUGGAGCAUCCUGGCGCCCCUCCAGGUGCCCCGCUGGGGCGCUGGUGCUGUGGCCAUUGCUGGCGGCUCCGUGUGCGUCUUCGGGGGCUGCAGCAGUGGGGCGCUGGCCUCGGUGGAGCGCUUCGACCCUGCCACGGGCACCUGGGAGCCGCUGCCGCCGCUGAAAGUGGCCAGGAAGUUCUGCGGCGCCGCCACCUGCCGGGACUGACUUCAAAAAGGGGACCCUCAGCACGUUUUGCGAACAGCAUGGAGCCAAAAAAAGGGGGAGGCAGGGGACAAGUGAAGAAGCAAAAGGGGUUGCGACUCCGGACGCCUACAGGGCAAGAGCCUGGCCAAAGUUGCUUAGGCCGCAUUGUUUUUGCAGUGAGAGAGACAGCCCAAUCAACCCUGGUUUGAACAAAGCCAGGGCUGCACUAUUUGCACUGGAGUUGAGCUUUGGACAGAUUGUGAAAUGCAGUUCACCUUAAUAAGACAACCAACCUUGCUCUACGUAAGACGAUGCCGCGUGUCGGGAGCUUGGCUUGCCGAACUUGCAGUCUGCAUCAUUACUCGCCUGCGAGGCUUUCGUACAUUAGGCACCCUAUGCAUCAAUUUGUUCAGAGUGAGAAUCCUGCAAUCAGUACA